AUGUGUGAGACACUUUGUCAUAGUUCUAUGUUUUCCUCAUUUAUUUCUUUGUCACAGGAUAUGCUAGAGAACAAAAUCUUGGGAUUGACAGAGACUCUGGACAAGAAAAAGGUAGAGAUAGAUUCCCUAAGAAAGCGAGUUGCCGUGGUAACCAAGGAAAAACAUCAUUUUGAACUGCAGGCAUUAGAUCUUCAGAGUGAACUAGAAAAAAAGGCCAAGGUACUCCGGGACACACUGUCCAAACUGAGUGAAGCGGAGAGCGCCCUCACAGAGAUGGAGACGACAGCAUCCCAGCAGCUUCAAAUGCUAGCAAGCCAAUCAGAGACAGCAUUAGAUGCCGCUCAUGUUAAAUUCAAGCAGCUCCAAUCUAGAGUCCGCGAGCUGGAAGCCUUCAUUGAGGACUUAGCAACUGAAUUCUCAUCACAAGCUCAGAAUGCCCUAGACCAGGCCUUAGCGAAGAGUUCCAGGACCCCAACCCCUGGACCAGAGCCUGAGAGGGACCAGUCCAUGAUAAGAGCCCGGUCCAUCGCGUCGUCCAUCCUGAACAUGAGCACCAAAGAUCUUGAACAGUUCAUGGAAGAAGAGAAGGAACGGGAGGAGAUUCAAGCGAUAAAGCAGCCUUCUCAUGACCAGGACACUGAGUGGCAUCAACAGAUAAAGUCACUUCUCAAUUCAAAGAAAUUUCAAAGGAAGAAGUUGAAAGGUAUGCUGAUGGAGAAGUUACACUCGCGAGAUGAAGCACUUGCUUUGGCCAGAGGAUCAAGGUGACAAAAGAGAUCCGUAAAAUAUCCAUUUGAAUCUUUGUAAUGUAGAGAAAAAUGAAGGUUUAUUCCUUUAACCCUAAAUCUCCCGGGGUAUUUUGAUU